AUGAGCGCUUUUGUGCGAGUAUCUGGCCGCCCAAACACAAACUUUCUGGUUGGAUACCCGGGCAUCUCUGCUACUUUGCCUCGCAUCGAAGGAACUGUCGAAAUACGACCCGGCGUCGGCAUCUCAAGUCCUGUCAACGUCUCCAUCGUCACCAUCUGCCUGCAGAGAAGAGAAAGCAUUCACCCCCAUGCUGAUUCGGUCACCAAGAAACACCUGGCCGCGCCCAGGAAGGAGUCGACGGAGACGGUGGGAAAAGAGAUGCUCUUAUUCCGAUGUCCGGCCAACCGAGAGUACGAAGAGAUCAUGUACAUGGACUUGCCCUUUGUGAUAUUCAUACCUUUUGGACGGGGAGGACAAGAGACUGCCCGACGAGUACCGCCGGCGAGCCUACAACUACCACGGCGGACGGCCGAGACAUACUACGAGAUGGUGGUGACAGUGGGCUAUGGAGGAACCGAUCGCAAAACCUAUGCUUUCCCCGUACCCAUCGCACGGUACGACACUCUCUCGACCUUUGGCAUGUACAAUCGACCCGAAACUGCAGAAAGGGUCUCGGAUCACUUGGUGACUCUAGGGAUAUCCUUGCCGCGGUGGUCGUAUGGGCCUCUGGACCCAGUGAGCGUGUACAUCAAGCUAUCUCCGAAUCCGGACUGGCUGAGCAAAGCGCGUAAAGUGACCAUCAAAAAGAUCGAGAUCGGCAUCGACGAAGAGGUCAUCUACAAUCACGAGGGCGACGAGCCCCAGAGAAAGUCAAAGAGUUUGGUCAAAAAGACCGAAACGGUUGGGGUGAAGAUGCCCGAAGCGGGUUACUUCACCAACCUAGGUCUUGUCUUCCCUUCGAGCGACGUCCGUGAUGCGGAUGGAAUUAUGCCUCGAGGGAGAUCGGCGUUUCCUACAUAUGCGGUGACGGGCUUUACGACGACGGCAGGUCUUUACAAGGUCGAAUACUACCUGACCAUCAAGGCUUCUAUGGCCGGCGCCAAAGAUAUCGUACUGAAGCAGCCCAUUGUCGUCUGUCCCUUGGACCACGCAGCAUGUAAAGCGGAGAUGGAAGCCAUCGAACAGGCAGCACGCGACGCCUCUCAUGUCAACGCCGAAAACCCAAUGUUACCUUUGGCCACUAUAAUACGCGCUUCGGACCCUAAUGCAUUGAGUUGUCUGGGGGUGGCGCUCGUCGGCUCAGUGAAGAAGCCCUUGAUUGACUGA